AUGGCGCAGCCUAAUUACUCCUCGAACCCGAACAUGAAUCGCUCGCUUGAUUAUCUCAAUCAGGUACAGAAGACUUUCAGCGCAGAUUCUGAGACCUACCAAGAAUUCCUGAAGAUCCUUAAGGAGUAUUACGAUGCAUUCAGGAGUGACAUCGAGGAGGUAGUCGCUAAGCACAAGGCGGCCAAAGAAGGCCCCACAGCGGAAACCGCUUCAACAGACGGCUCGCCUGACGAUGUGUCCAAAAAGCGAGCCGAGCGGACAACACAGGCACUAGAGGACGUCAAGAAGUUGUUCGCAGGACAUGAUGAUCUGAUCAAGGGAUUCGAGGAAUUCUUGCCAAACCCGGAGAAACAGGACGCUGAGAAACAGCCCUAA